AUGCCGGCUCCAACAACGAAGAGGAAGUGGUACCAGAUCCAGUGGUAUGCGGACACCGAUACCCCUGAAGAGCGCAAGUUCAUCAUCAAGCUCGAUGCUCUGAUUGUCCCCUAUGCUGUUCUCGCCUACUGGGUGAAGUACAUUGAUCAGUCGAAUCUCAACAAUGCUUACGUCGCUGGUCUCAAGGAGGACCUCGGUUUUGAGGGAAACGAGCUCGUACAGCUUCAGACAUUCUAUAUCAUCGGCGCUGUCACUGGCCAGACCCCCUUCUUUUUUCUGCUUACCUACAUUCCCCUCCAUUGGCUUAUCCCCUUCCUCGACAUCGCAUGGGGAAUCUUCACUCUGCUGCAGUACCGCGUGACGGGCUAUGCCGAGCUGGCAGCCUACCGGUUCCUCGUGGGGUGGUUUGAGGCUGCAUUCUUCCCAGCCAUGCACUAUCUAUUCGGCUCGUGGUAUCGCGGCGACGAAAUCGCCCGCCGCGGCGGCGUCUUCUACACCGGCCUCUCCCUCGGAACACUGACAGCAGGCCUCAUCCAAGCCGGCGCCUCCGCCCGUCUCGACGGCGUCCACGGUCUCAAAGGCUGGCGCUGGAUGUACAUCAUCUGCGCCAUCAUCACCAUCCCCAUCGGCAUCCUCGGCUACUUUGUCCUCCCCGGCACGCCCGACCAGCCGAACCUCCGCGUCCUGACCAAGCACGACGUGCAGCUCGGGGCGUCCCGCCUGGAGCGCGCGGGCCACGAGUCGCACGGUAAGUUCAAGCUCAGCGACCUCGGCUCCAUCUUCGUCAAGCCGCAGUUCUGGGCCAUCAUCCUCGUCGACGUGCUCUUCUGGAACGCCGGCGUCCAUACCAGCUCCGGCUCGUUCCUCCUCUGGAUCAAGUCCCUCGGUCGGUACUCGCAGGCGCGCAUCAACGAGUUGGGCACCAUCGCCCCCGCGCUCGGCAUCUUCUACACGUUGUUUAUCUGCUUCGCCUCGGACCUCGUCCUCGGACCCGCGUGGGCCAUCACCGUGGCGCACGUCUGGAACAUCAUCGGUCUGGUCAUCCUCGUCAUUUGGAACGUCCCCGAGUCGGCUACUUGGUUCGCCUUCUCCACCAUUUAUGCCUCGUAUGCCAUGUCGAGCGUCUUCCACGGCUGGGUGAAUACGCAGCUGCGCUCUUUCCCCUCCCAGCGGGCUUUCACGCUCGUCUUGAUCAAUGCCAUCUCGCAGUCCUCGACCGCGUGGACGCCGUUGCUGGUCUACCCCACGGUCGAAGCCCCCCGGUAUCCGAAGGGUUUUGCCUUUACCCUCGGUUGUGCCAUUGCUCUCAUCAUCGCUACCCACAUGCUACGCUUGUACCUGAAGCGGCGAGAGUGA